GAACUACGAAUUCCAUAGUCGUCUUCUAUGUCCUACACUUGGAAAUUUGUUACUGCGUGUAGCCGUGAGUUUGCCUUGUCCUCGACUGAAAGGUAUAGGUUGUGGAUCGUCUUCGUACCAAAAUUAAUGGUUCAAAUGUAUGAUUGUGAGAAUUUCUUUGUUGGCCGAUGUAUACUGGUGAAUGGACCUGUUAUUGUUGGUGCCGGGCCGUCGGGACUAGCCGUCGCUGCUGGACUAAGACAACAAGGAGUUCCAUUUAUCAUCCUUGAAAGGGCCAGUUGCAUUGCUUCUCUUUGGCAAAACCACACUUAUGAUCGCCUCAAACUUCACCUCCCCAAGCAAUUCUGCCAGUUGCCCUACUUCCCAUUCCCAACCAACUUGCCGGAAUACCCCACCAAGUACCAGUUCAUCGACUACCUUGAAUCCUACGCGACCCACUUUGGCAUUAAGCCACAGUUCAGUAAGACUGUGAAAUCAGCAAAAUACGACGAAGCUUGUCGGUUGUGGAGGGUCAAGACUGUAUCAAGCUUAGGUGGUGGCGCCAUGAAAGGGGAGGUGGAGUACAUUUGUCAGUGGCUUGUGGCGGCGACGGGUGAGAAUGCAGAGAAGGUGGUACCGGAAUUUGAAGGCUUGCUAGAGUUCGGUGGCAACGUUACUCAUGUCUGUGACUACAAGUCCGGGGAAGCUUAUAAAGGAAAGAAAGUGCUAGUUGUAGGUUGUGGCAACUCCGGCAUGGAGGUUUCUCUUGAUCUUUGCCACCACAAUGCGUUUCCAUCAAUAGUGGCUCGUAGUUCGGUUCAUGUCCUGCCAAGAGAAGUUCUAGGGAAAUCCACAUUUGAUCUAGCAGUUUCAAUGAUGAAAUGGCUGCCACCUAGGCUUGUAGACAAAGUGUUGCUAGCUAUUGCAAGAUUAACGCUUGGAAACAUAGAAAAAUAUGGGCUGAAGAGGCCAGUGGUAGGUCCUUUACAGCUCAAGAGCACUCAAGGCAAGACCCCAGUGUUGGACAUUGGUGCACUGCAGAAGAUAAGAUGUGGUGAGAUCAAGGUAGUUCCUGGAAUCAAGAGGUUCUCACCUGGUAGGGUUGAGCUUAUUAAUGGCCAAAAUCUUGAGGUUGAUUCUGUGCUUUUGGCAACUGGGUAUUCCAGCAAUGUUCCUUCUUGGUUAAAGGAGAAUGACUUAUUUUCCACAAAUGGGUUUCCCAAAUCUCAAUUCCCAGAUGGGUGGAAAGGCAAAGGUGGGCUCUAUGCAGUUGGCUUCACAAGGAGGGGCCUCUCUGGGGCCUCAUUGGAUGCCAUCAGAGUAGCAAACGAUAUAGCCAACAUCUGGAAACAAGAAGAAACUAACUACUGCAAGAAGCACUCUGUUGUAGUUGCUAAUUGCCAAUUAUGAAACCUUUCCUUCGUUUUUUGUUCUCUUUUCUGCUUUUGCAAUUGUAGAGAUCUGUAAUUGAUCAAACUUGGUUCAGUUUGACAAUGUAACAUGAAAAUGAACCAUGAAUGGAGGAGCCAGCCCUCUCCAGGGACAUCCCAAAAUGGGGGAGUGGUUUGGGCAUU